AUGAAGAGCCUGCUUUUCCUCCUGAGCUGUCUGCAGCUCCUUGGUGCCGCCGCCGCGGACUACAAACAGUGGCUGCCAAACACCAACUUCGAAACCGCUGCCAACUGGGAGGAAGGCAGAGUCCCGUGUGCCAGCGACACGAUUCAUUUUGAGUGGGACAAGGUCAUCUCAGUGUUCGUCAAAUCUCACCAUGCCGUGAAGGAUAUGUACCUUCCGCUGAACGGCGAAUUCAUCCUGGCAUCUGGGGCCGGAUUUGCAGCUUUUGACGGCAGCUGGGAUCCAGGAUGUGACUCAGGCUCAGCCGCCCGGUUCGGGGACGCUGAGGGGCUCUCCUGGUUCAACCCGGCGCUGUGGCAGCCCCUGCAGCAGGGCGGGCGCCUCUUUGCAGUGGAUGAGGAGCGCGUCCCGUGCCGGUACGACGAUGUUAUCUUUGAGCCCGAAACCUCCUUCCGGGUAAACGUCGACUCAUCGCGUGGCGUGAUUCAUCUCCGGAGCGUCUCUCUCAUGGGUCAGACGUUCACCAGCACCGCUGCGUUGGCCCAGUACCUGCAGGGCCCCUCGGCGCUGCUCCAGUUCCACGGCAACAGCACCUUCCAGGUGACGGGCACCGCGUGUCCGGACAAGUCCGGCUGUGUCUGCGGGAACGCCCAGAAUGGCCACCGCAUCUGUGCGGGGAGACGGUGCCCUGAGGCGGCGUGUCCGAGCCCACUGCGGCCCCUCGGCCACUGCUGCGAGGUCUGUGGAGCCAUGGUUUACCUGGAGUUCACUCCCGACUUCGACCUGCAGCAGUAUCGGGACAGGCUCGUCCAAACCUUCCUGAGCCUGCCCCAGUACGCUGGAGUUCAGAUGGCGAUAUCCAAGGUGCACGAAGCACAGCCCUUCCUGGGGAUGGCACUGCGCAGCUCCGCUCCUGUCAUCCAGAUCGUGCUCGUGGAGGAGCAGGGCGGCUCGGGGACGGGCGCCGCUGCUGGGCAGAUGGCUGCGGACAUCCUGGGUGACAUCGCGCAGCACGGUGAAGCACUUGGCAUCUCCAGUGGCAGAAUGGAGGUGGCCAGUGGCACUGGCAGCAUUUUCAGUGGUCAAACAGGAAUCAGCACAUGGAGGAGGGUGUUAACGGAGACGGUUUUGGGCCUGCUCUGUGGUCUCCUGCUGCUCGGAGGGGUGCUCUUUCUCUACAGGAGGGGAACGCUAAGGCUGUGGGCCGUGCGCGUCCCCUGGCCGUGGGGCAGAGCGCAGGGCCCGGCAGGGCUGGAGCCAGCAAGCAGCAAAGGGUUUGAGAACCCCAUGUUCGACGUGCCCCCCCCGGGCGCUGCCGCCCGCAAGGACGCGCGGCGGGAGGCGGCGCUCCCGGACACACAGGUCUUCUACCUGAACCCGCUGUACGACGCGAGCGAGGCCGAGGCCUGA